UUAAUAUUGAAGCAAAUUUAAAAAAAUUGUGCCAAGUCACACCUCACCAACUUCCCUUCCACUAGUUUGUUUUGACUUUAGUCUAAAACAUUGAAUUAUAUUUUUUUUUAAAUGUGAAAAAUGAAUCAUUCAAUUCUUAGAAGCAAACAUAUAUUGAAAGUUAAUAUUAACGUGUAUUGCCAGCACAUGAAGGAAGACAUAGAGUCAUUUUGGACAAGCAAGAAGUUUCCUCAUAGUAUAUAAUAUAAAUAAUAACUACUCUUUGUUAGGUCAAUAUAAUACCAAAUUAAACGUAUAUUCCUCUUUCCCUUACACGCAUAAAACUCCCAUGAUGAUCAAUUUCAUUUAUAAUACCUAGCUAGCUCAUGUUCAUUUCCAAUCUCCUCUCCUCCUUCAAUUUCAUCGUAAUUUUCUAGCAUUUGAAUUCCUGAAGUAUUAACAAAGAGUCUUCAUAUUUGAUGGACAUGUCUCUACGAGCCAGAUCAACCUCCUCUAAGCAAACAUCCACAUCACCGGAUGCAUCCGAAAUCCCAUUACUUCCCACUAACAACAACGACAACAAUAACAACAACAAUCAUAUACCAGAACGGCCGCCUAUACCGCGACCGUCCAUUUCUCAACGUGCCUUAGAAAGCACAGCACAUUUAGCCAACCUUCUCCCAACAGGAACACUCUUAGCAUUCCAACUACUAAUCCCAAUUUUCACCAACAACGGAACGUGUGACACUGCAUCGCGUCCAAUGACAUUAAUCCUCCUUGCACUACUCGCAUUUUCGUGCUUUUUAGCUUGUUUCACUGAUAGUUACAAGGCACCAGACGGGCAAAUUUACUAUGGAUUAGCUACGUUCAAAGGUUUGUGGAUUUUCGAUUACCAGGCAGCUUCAAUUUCUGGUGUGCCUGGUGAAUUGAACAGGUAUAGAGUUGGGUUUAUUGAUUUUGUUCAUGCUGUUCUCUCUGUUCUUGUAUUUAUUGCUGUGGCUUUGAGAGACAAAAAUGUGGCGAAUUGCUUUUAUCCUACACCAGAUCAUGACACAAAACAGGUACUUGAUGUUGUUCCUAUUGGAAUUGGGGUAAUUUGUAGUUUGUUAUUUGUAGUCUUUCCAACUAGGAGACAUGGAAUUGGCUUCCCUGUUACACCUGAUAAACGGUAAAAUUGAAGCCAAAACUAUAACAUUUGUUGUUGUUAUUUGUUAAUUCAUUCAUUUGCUUAAUGUUUUGUAAAGUUAUAUUAUUGUGCAUUCCAAUAAUAAAGUUUUUACUAAAUACUAA